AUGGCAUCAGCAGCGCCAUUCUCCGGCACCGGCAGUCUCCUUCGCCUGACAAAACCAGGAACGCCACAGCCCCAGUUCUUCUCCCCUCCGCCGUCUCGCUCCCACUUCCACCUUCGAACCCGCCCCGCCAAGGCAAAGAGCCCAAUCGCCGGAGCCAUCGCCUCCUCUUCCAUGGCGGCAGCCCAGCCCCAGACGUGCGACGGCCAACAACAACGGGCGGAGGAGGCCAUGAAGCUGCUGUUCGUCGAGAUGGGCGUCGGGUACGACCAGCACGGACAGGACAUCACCUCCGCCGCGGUGCGCGCCUGCAAGGAUGCCAUCUCCUCCAACUCCAUCCCCGCCUUCCGCCGCGGGUCGAUACCAGGGGUGAACAGUGAACAGAUGAAACUGCAGAUCAAGCUGGGUGUCCCGAGGCCGGUGCAGCAUCUGUUGGACUUUGAGAGAAUCAAGGCCGUCUUCCCCUAUGGUGAGAUCACCAGCUGCGAGGUCAUUGACGGCGGGAUGAUCUGUUCAAGUGGAACAUGCAUCGAAGCAAUGGGAGAUAAAAACGAUGACUGCUACAUUGUCAAUGCUGCAGUCUACGUCGGUUACUAA